AUGUCAUAUGCGAGGCUUCAAAACAACCAGAACACAAGCAACUUCAGAUGUUGUUUGUUCCAAGAACCUAUUCUCUUCUACCUUCUUCCUCCCAUUCUAAUUCUAAUCAUUGUGUUGGGAUCUAUUUUCAACUUCAUUGCUCUGUGGGCAUUUUGCUUCCACAUCAAGUCAUGGAAGGCCAGCACUGUUUAUCUCUUCAACUUGUCUAUGGCCGAUUUUCUUCUCAUUAUCAUACUGCCUUUUAGAACAGACUAUUAUCUGAAGCAAGAGCACUGGAUUUAUGGAGAUGUCCCAUGCAGAGUAAUGCUUUUCAUGCUUGCAAUGAACAGGGCAGGAAGCAUCUUCUUUCUUACUUUGGUUGGACUAGACCGGUACUUUAGAGUUGUUCAUCCACAUAAUAACAUCAACUCUUUGUCCACCAAGACUGCUGCCCUUAUUUCAUGUGGUGUGUGGUUUACAACCAUUGCAAUGACUGCCUUGAUUUUGACUGAAGACCACCUUCAAGAAGACCCAUCAAGCAAUAAAAAAUGUAAAAGUUUUAUGGUGUGUCCUGCUGCCUCAUGCUGGCAUGACCUGAUCUUCAUUCUUCAGUUUUUUCUCCCACUGUGCAUUAUCCUGUUUUGCUCUUACAGUAUCAUAUGGAGACUCAGACAGAGGAACCUGGACAGAGAUUCAAAGAUAAGAAAAUCAGUCAAAUGUAUCAUAUCUGUUGGAAUUGUGUUCAUUAUAUGUUUUUUACCAAGUGUCUCUACCAGGAUUGAAAUCUUAAGGCUCUUGGCAUCUCCACAAAUGAAUGACUGCAGUAUAUACAGAACUGUAGACACCGCAUUUUAUAUUACAGUUUGCUUAACAUACAUGAACAGUAUGUGCAACCCUUUGGUUUACUUCUUCUCUAGUCCAUCUUUCAGCAUAUUUUACCUAAAGAUCAUGAGAUGUUCAAACCAAUCUGAUUCAGAUGCAGUUCCUACCAUUACAAACAAUAUAACAUGUAACAAUCAGCAACAGACACAAAUUGGAUGA